CCAUCAUCGUUCUGUGGGCAACAAAGUGUUUUCUGAGUCUGAACGGAACCCCACUUAAAAGUCGUUCUCCUUCCUCUUCGCAACUGCUAUAAAGUACUAUUUUCAUAUUCAUAUGUUUAUGCAUCCCUAUAUAUACAUACGCACACAUGUAAAUGAUUGCAAACAAAGAUAAGAUAGGUACCAGCUAGCAUAUAUAGUUUAUUAAUCAGUUACAUAUAUAUACAUAUAUACCACCUGAUAUAUAGGCAUAUAGCCAGUUAGGUAGGUAGGUAGGUACAUAGUAGUUAAGUUAAUUCAAUCAUGGAAGAAAGAGAUCACCGUUGUUCCAACAAUUCAACGAUGAUCACAACAACAAAGAAAAAAACGAGCAGAAGAAGUCCCACAUCGGAUAAGCUGAAGAAUCAACACCCCUGUGAGAAGCAGACGAUGAAACCGUACAGAGGAAUAAGGAUGCGAAAGUGGGGGAAGUGGGUGGCGGAGAUCAGAGAACCCAACAAGAGGUCGAGGAUUUGGUUGGGUUCGUACACGACACCCAUGGCCGCCGCACGCGCCUACGACACAGCCGUUUUCUACCUCCGAGGUCCCACCGCACGCCUUAACUUCCCCGAACUCUUGUUCCAGGACGACCAGGAGGAGGGCAAUGAUUCGGUGCAGCACGGUGCAGCAGCAGGGAACAUGUCCGCUGAUUCCAUUCGCCGAAAAGCCACGCAAGUCGGCGCCAGAGUCGACGCUCUCCAAACCGCGCUUCACCACCACGCGUCAAGUACCAACUCUCUCAAACCCGACUUGAACGAGUUUCCAAAACUCGAAUCCCUUCAAGAUUGAUAUCGAUCAAUAUUUAAUUUCCUGAGUCCUAUAUCAAUAUACUAUAGUUUUAUGUAUAUAGGUGAUGAUGAUGAUGAUGCCUCGGAGUUGGGGCUUGAAACUAAUUAACCCCUUCCCUUCCCUUUAAUUUAUAUAUAUCCUUCUUCUUAUCUUCAAUCAUAAUAUCAAAUCAAAGCAGUAUUGUUAUUUUCUAGGGUUUUUGCU